GGCGGUUUGGACAAGGCAGCAGAGGACAACCCGACCAUCCAGACCUUUGUAUUCGCUGCGCUCUUCCCCGUGAACCUGCUGCUCAUCUUGCUCACAGGCGGGGUGCUGAUCACAGGUACGGCUGCGACCGUGCCUGCGGCGGUGUGUGAAGGCAAGCUGCACUGGAAGCAGAUCCCUAGGACGUUUGCGCUGGCUUGGAUUGGCAAUCUGCUUGGCGCCGUGCUCUUCGCCUUCUUUGUCGAGGCCUGCAACCUGAACGUGGGCUUGACUGCCAAGCUCGCGAUGAAGGUGGCGGAAAAGAAGAUCAAGGAGAAUUUCUUCAUCACUUUCCUGAAGGGAAUCGGCUGCAACUGGCUGGUGUGUAUGGCUGUGUUCCUGCAGGGUCAAGCGCAGGACAUGACUGGCAAGAUGGUUGGCAUCUGGUUCCCCAUCUCCUGCUUCGUGGCCAUCGGCUUCGAGCAUAUCCCAGCCAACAUGUUCAUGAUUCCCUUGGGGAUGAUAGCCGGCGCCGACGUGUCCGUGUGGGACUGCUUCUGGAGGAACUUCGUCCCAGUGACCCUCGGGAACAUCUUCGCAGGUUCAAUCUUCGUGGGCGUGGGCUACUCCUUCGCCCUCGGCAGGCUGGGCAGCUUUCCUAUGUUCAACAUGCCCGCGAGGGAGCUGGCUGCGCCGAAGGAGCAGAAGGCUGGCGGCGACAGCAGCGUGCCUUCAGUCUGAGGCACAUCUCCUCCUCCUCCUCCUCCUCCUCCUCCUCCUCCUCCUCCUGCUCCUCCUCCUCCUCCUCCGCUCGCUCCUCUGAGCAAUCUGCUGAGGGGCCUUAGCAUCCGUCUGGCAGUUACAUCGUGUGCAGCUGUUUCGUCAGGGCUAGUUGGAGCAUCCCAGGCAGUUGUUCAGAGCCUGGGCUUCCGGCAUUUGGCGGAUUUUCUGGGCUUACAUCCUCUCACCGACGGCAUCUGCUUCGAUCUGAAUGCAGAAGCUGAGUUCUCCAUCCAGUGUGUAAGCCCACUCUCGCGAGGGUCCGAAUAUGUUUACUACUCUUUCGGAGCGAGAUUUAAGGAAUUUAUGGUAGCGGCCCCUAUCGUCAUGUUUAAAUUCGCAUUUCUCCUCCAGUAGAUGUCCGAGUGCCAUCUGGUGCGAGUCGAUCGAAGCUGUAUGCCCGUGGCAGUCGCCACAGGCGUCGCCAGAGAGUAAUCGCUCUCGCAGGGACAGCUUACAUUGAUCUGCUUGUGUGGAGCACUUAGGGCCGUUGCGUACGAAGCAUGCAACCGUCGCAUGCUAUAGAUCGACUGAAGCUAUAGCUUGCUAUGCAGCGCUCACGGCCCUCGAUGUGCAUCUUGUCUCCUGCUUCCUGCUUCUCCCGCCUCCACCUCCUCCUCCUCCUCCUCCUCCUCCUCCUGGUUCCUCCUCCUCCUCCUCCUCCUCCUCCUCCUCCCCCUCCUCCUCCUCCUCCUCGCCGGUCUUCGGACAGUUUGCGGCCGUGUUGGAGCCGUGCUGGGGCCCGAAGGGGCGCCGGGCAGGGAAUGAAGCUGGGAGAGGGGGCGGUGUUCGGACGACGCGUCACAAGAAGGGGCGUCCUAUAGGAAAGCUGCAGGGCCUGUUUUCGCACGGCGCGUGACACGAAGGGGCGUCUCGGGAAAGCUGCAGAGCCCUGCCUAGCAACCAGCAGGCGUUCCAGCACGCCCCAGCGUGCCGAAGGCAGCGGACAUGUGCCCACGGUGCUGAUUUGAGCCGUGCCGAGUUGCCCAGCGUUCUUGUAAAAGCGCCCGUUCGAUUGCAUACACACUGGUCGAUCUACACCAUCUGGCUAAGAGCUCAAUAUCAAGACUGUCAUGCUUGAAUGAUUUGUGGACAGAUAGCAGGCGCCUCAGAAAUUCACAAGCGAUCCGAUCCCCACUCUUUACAUUAAUUCCAGAGGUAUGCUAUGCUCGGUCAUGUCCAUCGCCGUGACCAUUGAGGCCCGAGUUUUGGUUUUGACAGCUGCCCUGAUUGCCGUGCGAACGAUUUUGGAUAGGCGUUCUUUCUCAUGAAGCUGCUCUUGUUUGCUGUCUUUGUGUUACAGUCAUUGGGGGUUUUCGCGGGCACAAACGAAGAAGGGAAGAAGUUUCUGGAGGAGAAUAAGCAAAGAGAAGGUGUGGUGACGCUGAAGUCAGGGUUGCAGUACAAAGUUUUGAAGAAGGGUGAUGGCAAGUACUUUCCGACCAAGAGUUCGCCUUGUGAGUGCCACUACGCUGGCACGACACCUGCCCUCACGCCGAAUGCGAUUGACAUCCCAGAGGCAGAUUGGGCGGAGUUUGACUCUUCUUACAAGAGAGGCUCUCCCACAUCGUUUGCGCCUAACCAGGUGAUCAAAGGGUGGACCGAGGCGAUGCAACUCAUGGUGGAGGGCGAUAAGUGGGAAAUGUACAUUCCGUCUGAGCUCGGCUAUGGCGACGGCGGCUCCGGCGAGAAGAUCAAGGGGGGCGAUGUGCUCAUAUUUCGCAUGGAGAUUCUGCAGAUCAAGGGCGCCAAGAAGCGAGCAGCCAAGUGUGACUUCAAGACUAAGGAGAAUUGCGAGGCUGACGAGGUGGAGGCGCUUGAGGCUUGGGGCAAGAAACCCCUUGAGGAAUUAUCUGCGGAAGUGGCAAGGCUAAAAAAGAAAUCGGGCGGGGCGUUGAAAGCCGAAGAGAGGAAGCAGGUCGAUCCGUUGUUGAAGAUCCUCAAGCAGAUUGAAAAGGCCAAGAAGAAGGGGAUGGAGCUCUGAGCAAAUGAUCGGCACGCAUUUCGAGUCUGUCUAAAAAACACCGUUCGACUUUGUAGCGACGUUACGAUAUGAGGGCAAAAUGCGUCUUGCCGAUCUACAGCUUCCACUCGGAUGGCUCCCUCUCGCACCUCCCUCUUAGCAUCAUGUCAAGUUUCGGGCGCACUGAUCACAUAUAUGAAGUUCUCGCUCGGUAAUGCUUGAGAGGUCGGUCGCCUACGCGCGGGGCCCCGGGCACGCUCGUGCGUUGGACUGUGGGCCCCACCGCAGAGCCCGGAUUUGCUGAGCGCGCGCCCCCGUCGAUUGACGCCACAUUUUUGUCUGGCCGCUGGCUUCUCCGGCCGGGAAGUUCUGGUCAGCGUGUCGCCCCGUCGGUCCUUUGCCUCACACGCUCCAGCGCGGCGGGCCGACCACGUCCUGGCCCCCCGCACGUCCACGCCCCGUGCCUUGUCGAGGCCCCCCGCCCCGCGGAGCGGAGCGACACGCCGUCCGCUUGCAGGUCAGCGUGCCGUCGGGGCCGCC